AUGGAUAAAUCAAAACAACAACACAAACCAUUGACUGCGGCCUUCCAUCGUUCAACGAAGGCUACGAAUCAGCCUCCGUUGACUCCGAAGCUCGCCAGUCCAAGUCCAGGAUACCAAACUCGUCGUCUCGCAAAUCACGAUCACCCCUAUUCUACCCCUUCCAAGGACGACCAUGUCUCCACCAACGUAAAUUCCACCUUCCUCAGUGCAAACAUUACCCCCCGCUCGGGUUCACGUACAUUACGACGACGCGAUGAUCUUUCUAAUUCACCAGUACCAUCGCCACAAGCCCACUACUCCCAUUCCACAUACUCUCAUCCUGCGGUCGGCCUGGGGCUUCAUGCCGCAGGAGGGGUUAAUGGCGGGCGCAGAACAGAUCGCAGUCCGGCUCGGGGGGAACAGCCAAACAGCAUCAGGGCAAAGCCACUCACGGCGGAAGCUCAGCCAGCCUCUCAUCCGAACUCCUUCCAUGACCUUGCGGCGAAUUCAAAUCCAUCUCCCAUGUUCUUCCACGCUUCUGAUGCACGGUCGUCCAAGCCGAUCCACGCUUCCGAUGCACCAUCAUCCAAGUCGGAAGUCGAACCGUACCGUCUCAAGCAGGGGAGGCUUUCCCCUGCCUUUCACUCUUCACAAUUCGUAUAUGCAAAUGGGGAUCAAGAGCAGCAAUCUUCUCUCGACGAACCCCACCCUAUCGUCGCCAGUCGUCGUCUAAGCGGUACUCUACCUCGCGGCGGCUCUACACCUAUCGCUAGACCCGCCGCUUCUCCUUCACUUCGCUUGAGGUCUCCUCAAAUAUCAGCUGCUGCAUCUCCCAUUGAAAGAAGCCAGCUCAGUCCACUCGUAGAUCAUACUCACGAUACUACUCUCCACCGCUUUAGCUCUCCCCCAAGCAAUGUAUCCGAUUCAUCCGAUCAACCGUCUAUCAGUCAACACAGAAAGUCAUCCAGCGUGGAUUUUUCCGCUCAACCCCACACUCCUAGUCCUCUUAUUGCAUCCCAUAAUCUCCAUGUUGACAGUACAUUACCCCCGACAUCCGAUCAGGCUCCAAGGCUUCGCCCUCGUGUCUUCAGCAACAGUUCCUCCUUAAAUGGCUCAUCUACGUCGACAGACGCAUUGCCGUCGAUGCCAAUGAGCCCCGGGAAACCUGAAGGACCAGGUGGUGACACGGCCCUGAAUAAUGCGCGGACCGAGCGCCGGAUCUUGGAUCUGGAGAUCAGCAAUUCCUCUCUCCUCGCUAUCAACCGAACGCUGGAGCGAGAAAUGCGGAAACAGAAUGCAGAAAUACGAAGAUAUCGACGUCUUAGUCGUUCAGGCCGGAUAUCAAUGGUCCCUUCACCACGCUCAUUCUCUGGCGCAGCUCUGUCCGUCACGAGUGAACUGGAAGGUGUUAGUGAAUGUUCAUCGGUCCAUGAGGCAUCCGAAUUUAGCGACGAAGACUCCGUUCUUGAUGAUCGGGUACACAGUCCUGAUUCUCUUGCGGAACAUGAUGCUAAACAUCAAGCCCACGAUGAGAAGAAAUUUAUGCUUGAUCUCGCCCGGCACCAAGAGCUGCUGAUUGAUAGCCAAAAACUGAACCAGAGUCUCAAAAGAUGCCUUGGCUGGACUGAAGAGCUCAUCAAAGAGGGCCAAAAGGCACUCGAGUACAGCGUUCAAGUCCAAGAUGUCGUCCUAGGCGGACGAGUUUUGGCGCCAGAGGAGCUCCCGGAGACAAACGAGGCACGUAAAGGCCUACUCAGUCCAUCUACUCAAUAUUCCGACUAUUCCGACUACACAUCUCACCCGAAUAACUCGGAUGAUAAUGAUACUGACCCAUCUACACUCCCUCUACCAUCGUCCCCCGGUGGGACUGUUUAA